AUGAAUUUUAAAAGUCUGUUCUUGUCCUUCUUCCUGGUCUUCGCGGUUGGACUCGCUCUGGUCCACGCCGAGGAGACUAAGGAGCCACGAGGCCCAAAGAUCACAAGCAAGGUUUUCUUUGACAUUGAGCAUGGAGACAAACCUCUAGGAAGAAUCGUGCUUGGAUUGUACGGCAAGACUGUCCCUAAGACAGCUGAGAACUUCCGCGCUCUCGCUACCGGUGAGAAGGGCUUCGGUUAUGAGGGCUCUACCUUCCACCGUGUCAUCAAGAGCUUCAUGAUCCAGGGCGGUGACUUCACCCGUGGUGACGGUACCGGUGGAAAGUCGAUCUACGGCGAGAAAUUCGCGGAUGAGAACUUCAAGCUUAGGCACACCCGCAAAGGACUUCUGAGCAUGGCAAACGCUGGCAAGGAUACCAACGGCUCUCAGUUCUUCAUUACCACCGUUCCUACUCCUUGGCUCGAUGGUCGCCAUGUUGUUUUUGGUGAGGUUCUUGAGGGCUACGAGGUCGUCGAACAGAUCGAAAAUGUUCCCAAGGGUCCUGGCGACAAGCCUGCGGAGACAGUCAAGAUCGUCAAAAGUGGACAGAUCAAAGACGAAUCCACCAAAGGUAGCCACGAGGAGCUGUAG